AUGGAUCUCCGCCGCGCUUCCUCUCCGCCAUGCCUCCUCUCCUCGAUGACUCCUCCUCCGCUCCCGCUCCCUCCGUCUAGACCUCCUGACGUGAAGCCGUUUCUCCUCUGUUCACUCUCCCUCUCCCGUGGUCUCUCGACGGAUCUCAUGGCAUCUCUGAGGACAAGGUGUCCGGAUCUGUCGGUCACGCCGCCGGAGCUGUCAGUGCCAGAGCAUGAGUCGCCCUUCUCGUUCGGGAACCCUCCGGAUCCACCGGAUCCGCCUGAUGUCGGUGGAUCUUUGUCUCUCACCGCCGCUCUGUGGUUUUCUCCACCGUCAUCUCCUCAUCUCGCUCUCCCUCACCGUCCGCCAGAUCUCUCUCUCCGGUUUGCCUUGUCGCCGCUCAGAUCUACGCUUCCAGCGCCGCCAUCGCCGUCGGUUCGUCCUCUCCAUCUGUCUCAGGUUUGCUCGCAUCUCCCAUCAUGUACUUCUCUGAUUCAUUCUGAGAUUAAUGGGAUUUGGGCAACUUUGAUCUUGGAGAGUUCCGAUAUGCUCCCAUCUUUACCGAUUUCUUCGGUUCUUAUCGCCUCUAUGCGAUUCCUUACUGUUAUAUGCAGUCUUGUCCCUAGGUUCACUUUAGUGAUGGAUAUUGUGAAGUCUUUUGUACCAGAUUUGUGGCAAUUUGGUUUGAAUUUUCUGAAUAUGUCUAAUUCAUUUGUCAUCUUGGUUGAUUACUCCUUGAUGGAGUUUAGUUGUCUCCCAAAAUUUCUGCUUGCUUUGAGUGGUAUUAUUUCAGGGAAUUGGAGUUCGAAAGUUUCAAACACUUCGCUUCGAGUAGGCUCAGUAACCUGGUGCUUUGUCACCAUAGAGUUUCAAGCCGUUUCUUUGGUUGCUAAAGUUGCACUAGCUGCAUUUUUUCAACCCCGGGUUUAG